GUCAUAAUUGAAGAUAAGGAUACAAGUUCGUUUUAUUGUAAGGCCAUGAAUUGAGAUUGCUUUGGGAACGAUGGGUGGAGAUGGAAAUGGUGGGAGAAUGCAAGUUGUGGUGGUGCCACUCCCCGCACAGGGACACCUCAAUCAGCUCCUUCAUUUCUCCAGAGUUGUCGCCCAACGAGGAGCAACCGUAUCGUUCGUGGCAACCUCCACCCAUAUUCACCAAGUCCGCAGCCGUGUUCAGGGAUGGGAUCUUCACAACUUCGAUAUUCGUUUCAAGGAAUUGCCAAUGCCCCAUCUCUCAGGUGAAGAUAUUGAUGCUCAGAGCUCUCAUAUGUUUCCACUUCAUUUGAUUCCUUUCUUUGAAGCUGUGGAGGAUCAGCUAGGGUCUCAUGUUGAUCAGCUGCUGAGCACUAUCUGCUCCGAGAACAAUAACAGAGUGGUUAUAGUCCACGACUCGGCUAUGGGAUGGAUCCAGACUGUGGCUACCAAAUACUCAAUCCCUGCCUAUCUCUUUAUCCCCGUUGGAGCUUAUUUUAACCUGUGGUUAAAACGGGUAAGUGAUGAGACAUGGGGUUUGUCCCCUGUUAACAUAUCAUUGAAGCGUUGCUUUCCCGAAAGAUCGAUUAAAAAUAUUAGGCGUCAAAGCUCUUUCUUUGAGCAUGCCAAGGGAUAUAUCAUAAACACAUUCACCGCACUGGAAUCAGAAUUCAUUCCCCGGGGAAGAGAGGAAUUAGUCUUCGGUGGGAAACCUGUGUGGAGUGUGGGUCCUCUUCUUCCGCAGGCCUUCUUCAAUGAUGAACGGCGGUUGCAAUUACAGGCGGACACGGAGUGCAUGAGAUGGUUAGAUAAACGGGCUCCAGCUUCUGUUCUGUACGUUUCAUUCGGCAGUAUGUCUUCUCUCUCGGCGACACAGAUCGGGGAACUGGCCGACGGAUUGGAACGCAGCGGUCAGCCUUUCUUGUGGGUGCUCAGGAUUGCGGACGGGGCCCAUUCCUCGAUGGAAGCACAGUUCGACUCGGCUUGCAAGUUUCUGCAACAUGGAUUCGAGAGGCGAUUAGAGGGACGUGGUUUUAUUGCGAGGAAUUGGGCGCCUCAGCUUGACAUCCUAUUUCACGAGUCGACGGGUGGGUUUUUAACGCACUGCGGGUGGAAUUCGACAGUGGAGAGUAUCAGCGCCGGUGUGGGCAUGCUGACCUGGCCUCUACAUUGCGAUCAGUUUGCCAAUUCGGCUCUAAUCACUCGGGAAUUGAAAGCGGGCGUGGAAGUGAAAGAAUGGAAAAAUGCAGAGGAAAACGAGUUGGUGAGUUCAGAGGAGGUUGAGAAAGCAGUGAAACGAUUGAUGAGAAGCGAGGAGGGAAUGCAAGUGAGAAAGAGGGCGCAGGAAUUGAGAAGCGAAGCUCGAAAGGCCGUAGGCGAUGGAGGGUCUUCGUGGAAGGAUAUGGAUUCUCUUCUCCAUCACUUUUCUGAAUCUUUGUGAGGGUUUAAUAAUUGGGAAGUAAGGAAAAGGGGUUAAUAAUUGGGUAAGCUCUAUUGGUAUAUUAAUUUCAACAUUUUGUAUGAGGAGUCGUAUGAGGAGAAUUGUUAGUUCAGUCUUCCAUGAAGUUAAAAAUAGAAGAUGGUAAUUUCUCCCACUUGUAUGGGAAGAACUCUAGUUUAUAGGAGCUAAAAAUAAGAGCUCUAUAAAUAGAAGUUGACAAUUAUAGUUUUCUAUGAAGUUACAUGAAACCAUUUUUUUUUUUAAGCAGUUUUUUAAAUUUGUCCAAGAUUUAUAUAUAAUGAGGCUAUUGUAAUGCAUUUAGUAUCUCCGUUGAUCCUU